AUGACUACUAUCGAUAGUCCUAAGGUCUGGACAACUCUCCUCACCAAUACCAAGUAUCUUCCGGGUCUACUGGCACUUGACUUCUCCUUGAAGUCCGUCGGGUCAAAGUACCCCCUGAUAGUUCUGUACACGGACACCCUUGAGCCGGAGGGCCACGAAGCGCUCAAGUUGCGCAGUAUUCCCACCAAGCGGAUCGAAUACUUGCUGCCCAGCGCGCACAAAGACUAUGAGAAUGAUGUUAGGUUUUAUGACUGCUGGAGUAAACUGCAGCCAUUCUCAUUGGUAGAGUACGAACGUGUGAUUCAAUUGGAUAGCGACAUGAUUGUCCGCAAGAAUAUGGAUGAGUUGAUGGAAAUAGCGCUGGAUAUUGAGGGAGAUAGGGUAUUUGCAGCGUCGCAUGCGUGCGUGUGUAAUCCUUUGAAGAAGGCUCAUUAUCCCAAAGAUUGGAUCCCCUCGAACUGUGGUUACACCUCCCAACACUCCACGCCCGAAGAAGCCCUCAAGACCGGUGCACCCAGCACCAUUGGCCUGGGCAUCUGCAACGGUGGCCUCCAGGUGGUUCAGCCCUCGCAGAAGCUUUACGACCAGAUCGUCAAGACCCUCAACUCCCCCGAUGCCACCCAGAACUACGACUUUGCUGACCAGAGCCUCCUCUCCGACACCUUCCGUGGCCGCUGGGUCCCGCUCAGUUACGUCUACAAUGCGCUCAAGACCUUGCGCUGGUGUCACAAGGAGAUUUGGAACGACGAUGAGGUCAAGAACGUGCAUUAUGUACUCAGCCCGAAGCCAUGGGAUAAUCGUGAGAGCGAGGAAUUCACGCACAAGUGGUGGUGGGAGUGCAAUGAUGCGAGGGUUGCAAAGGAGAAGGAGGUGGGGAUUAAUGAUGGGUGGUAA